AUGGCGGGUCGAUUACAAUCCCAUCAGCUACCAAGCGGACUCUACGUUUCAGGUAAACUCGAGCAACCCAAGGAACAACGGCCACCGACAAUGGCGGCUCGUGCUGUGCCUUACACCGGAGGCGAUAUCAAGAAUUCCGGCGAGCUCGGAAGGAUGUUCGACAUCUCCGUCGCUGAAGGACCUCCGUCAAAUUUCGUCAGACCGCCACCGACACGUAUCCCCUCCUUAGGUUCGUCUUCGAAUCCCAACAGCGGACCCGUUCGAUCCGGAUCCCAGUCGGGUCCAAUUAGAAAAUCCUCAGGUCCUCUCUCUCAGCUUCAACCAACCGGUUUAAUCACCUCCGGUCCGCUCAAUUCCUCUGGUCCAAUCGGAUCCGGGUCAAGGAGAUCAGGUCCGAUGGAUCAUCAGCUUCAUCAUCAAUCGAGUAAUUUGAAGUCGAGCAAACCCAAAUACGGAUCCGCGGUGACGAUUCUGAAUACGGAUCCGGUUCGGGUCGGGUUUAAAGUACCAAAGGCUCUGAUUUGGGCAGUGAUCGUAGUUGCAGCGAUUGCGUUACUAAUCGGGGCGUUUUUAUCUGUUGCGGUGAAGAAGCCACUGGUUAUUGUGGUCAUUGCGGCGGCGAUUUCUCCGGCCGCCGUGGUUUUCGUGUGGAAUUGUAUCUGGAGAAGAAGAGGGUUGUUGGGUUUCAUCAAGAAUCAUCCAAAUGCUGUGCUUAGAGGCGCCAUUGAUGGACAGUUCAUCAAGGUCACAGGAGUUGUAACAUGUGGAAGUACUCCGCUUGAGUCUUCAUACCAAAAGAUACCAAGAUGUGUUUAUGUAUCGACUGAAUUGUAUGAGUACUCGAAUCAAAAAUGCUUUUCAUGGGGAUCAAGACAUACCGAGAGAUACGUUACGGAUUUUUACAUAUCGGAUUUUCAAUCUGGUUUACGAGCAGUUGUGAAAGCAGGUUAUGGAUCAAAAGUUUCUCCGUUUGUGAUACCUUCGACAGUAGCUAAUGUGACCUCAAAGACUAAAGAUUUGUCUCCAAGCUUUCUACAAUGGUUGGCUGAUCGAAACCUUUCCAAUGAUAGUCGUGCUAUGCGUCUCGAUGAAGGAUAUAUAAAAGAAGGGAGCACCGUAAGCGUGAUGGGAAUGGUGAGGCGACACGACAACGUUCUGAUGAUCGUUCCUCCUGCAGAACCAGUCGCCACUGGCUGCAAAUGGUGGCGUUGCCUUCUCCCAGCUUACGUGGAAGGUCUUAUUAUUACCUGUGACGAGAAUCAGGAUGCAGAUGUUGUUCCUGUCUGA